ACGUACACCAGCGGCACAGCCGGAUGUUUGACAGCAGCAGCAGCCACUGACUGAGACCCACGGUAUUUUAUCAAGUGACCUUGCCGGUGGACACUGCAUCAGGAAGCGUUAGAAACGUCCAUCUCACGAAAAAAAAAUGCCGCUGGGUGACGAGAAGAACGGGGCGUGCGAUAGGACACACGGCAUCACAGUAUGCUAAGGGGCAUAACAUUUCCAUCACACGCUUGAGGUAUUCGGCCAAUCACAAUGCACAGGAUAGCUGGCCAAUCAGAGCACACCUCGCUUUUCAGAAUGAUGAGCUUUGUAAAAAUCAGCGUUUCAGAAAGGCGGGACCGAGAGGAGCAACAAUAAUGUCCAUAUAUGUGAACAAUCCCCAUUUAGACUCCAUGAAAGAUGACAUCCUGUACCAUUUUAACCUGGGAAAAUCCACUCAUGACUUACCAGCAUUGUUUGGAGAUGUUAAAUUUGUGUGUGUAGGAGGAAGUCCAUGGAGGAUGAAGUCUUUCACUGAAUACAUUGCCAAAGAACUGGGGCUGUCAGAGCCUAAUGCUGAAUUUCCAAAUAUAUGUGAAGGAACCGAUCGCUAUGCCAUGUACAAAGUUGGACCUGUGCUGUCUGUCAGUCAUGGCAUGGGCAUCCCAUCUAUUUCUAUAAUGUUGCAUGAGCUCAUCAAGCUCCUGUAUCAUGCCCACUGCACUGAUGUCACUGUAUUGCGCAUCGGAACAUCAGGUGGAAUAGGUUUAAAGCCAGGUACUGUGGUGGUUACCAAACAGUCAGUGGAUUCUGUGUUCCAGCCUCGCUUUGAGCAGAUCAUCCUGGGAAAACCAGUGGUCAGGAGCACAGAACUUGAUGCCGAACUUGCAGAGGAACUUUUUCAGUGUGGCAAAGACCUUGCAGAGUUUGAGACCGUUAUUGGUAACACAAUGUGCACCCUUGACUUCUAUGAAGGUCAAGCUCGGCUGGAUGGGGCCUUCUGCUCGUAUAGUGAAGAAGAUAAACAGAGCUAUCUUUCCGAAGCCUAUGCCGCUGGGGUUCGUAACAUUGAAAUGGAGUCGUCUGUGUUUGCAGCCAUGUGCAAACUGAGCAAUCUUCAAGCUGCGGUUGUGUGUGUAACGCUGCUGGACAGACUGAAAGGAGACCAGCUGACCAGCUCUCAUGACAUCCUGAAUAACUACCAGCAGCGACCUCAGGUCCUGGUUGGACAUUACAUCAAAAAGAAGCUGAAUGCCUAUAAGAAAAGUUAGUUUGAAAGCUUUGAAAGAGUCCGAGGCAAAGGUAGGGAAAAGUAUAGUGCAGUUAUUUGAAUAUAUGACAAAAAGCAGCUCUUAAAAGUUUAUCAAAAGUGACCAAGAUAACAGAAAUACCUUAGAAUUUUUCUACAGUUUAAUACUGCAAUUACUAAAAUGCUCAUUCAACCUCAUGCCUUGAAUGUAAUACCUUAAUUUCCUUGUUUUAAAUUGGUAAAAGGCACAUUAUUUUCUAGACAAUUUGAUUUGUCUUAAAUUACAUAUAUUUAUUAUUGUUUUAAAAGGCACUUAUUUAAACUACUCCUGGUGAAGUAGUUGUGUAAAAGGGAAAGAUUUUAUACAAAAAAGAGAGAAAGAGCUAAGCGGUUUUAGCACUAGAUACCUUAAAAAGGGUCCAAGGAGAAUUUUCAAAAAACAUUAAACCUCUGUUUGUUGGUCUAUGGUUAUGUUACAAACAAAUUGUUUGUAAAAUUUGACUGUAAUGUUCACAAAUGUCUUAAAAUGAAAUGUUCACAAAUGAAUUAAAUAUUGCAUAAUAUUUCUCCUUAAGUUUGCUAUGUUUAACAUGGAAUGUAUUAUUUUAUUUCCGUAACUGAAUGUUUUGUUAUACAACAUUCUGAAAAAUAAAACACAGAGAUGAAAUUAUUUAAUAAAUGAAAGCUGUAUGUGGUCCAAUUUCAGUUUUAUAUUAAAUAAAUGCAAAUAAAUAAAUACUGAGUAGGAAGUGUUAUGUGUCAACAUUAGUAUAUCAAAAGUCAAUAUCAAGGUUAAUUAGCAACAUUAGAAUAUUAAAAUAAGCAGAUAUAAUAAAGAAUAUUAAAGGAAUAAUUCAUCCAAAAAAUUUGAAAUUUGAUUAAAAUUUACUCAACCUCACACCAUCCAAGAUGUAGAUAAGUUUGUUCCUUCAUUUGACCAUAUUUGGAGAAAUAUAUCAUUACAUCACUUACUCACCAAUGUAUUCUCUGCAGUGAAUGGGUGCCAUCAGAAUCCGCUUUCAAAUAGCUGAUUAAAAACAAUAAUCGACAAGUGAUGCAAGUAAACAACAAGAUGAGAGUAUAAUAAACAAAUCUAUUUUGUAACUUCAAUCCGUUGCUUUCUCUAAAAAAUGAGUUCUCUAUCUAUAAUAUUGCUUUCUCCAGUGAAAACAUUGUCUUGUCUGAAUCAGGAGAGAAAUAUGAACAGAUCAAGCACCAAUGACAAGCAGUGGGGGAAAAAAACCGUCCCAGACAGUUUCCUUUGAAUUUUGAUUUGAGAGGACAACAGUGCAUGGACUUUUUCCACUGGAGGAAAAGUUAAGAAUUAUAUCUGGUAUUUUGAACAGAUGCUACCAUUUAAAAUUAAAAUGCUUUAAGGAUGGAUUUGUUUAUUACAAACAUAAAGAUUUUCUCUUUACUUUCUCUUCCAUCAUUUUGUGAUGGAUUGGAGUUGUGUGGAUUACUUGUGAAUUAUUAUGAUGUUUUUAUUCAGCUGUUUGGACUCUCAUUCUGAUGGCACCCAUUCACUGCAGAGGAUCCAUUGGUAAGCAAGUGAUGUAAUGAUAAAUAUCUCCAAAUAUGUUCAGAUUAAGAAACAAAUUUAUCUAAAUCUUGGAUGGUGUGAGAUUAAGUAAAUUUAAGGAAAUUUUACUAAUCAUUCUUUUAAUCGAAAUAUAUGGCUGAGUCUCAGAAACUGCGGAGUUGCCUCGACAGCAUUUAUGUUAGUAUUGAUGUGACAUUCAAAUUUUCCUGCAUACAUUUUUGUCUUAGUGGUUUUGAUAUUCAUGAAUUGUCUAUAAUCAUCAAAUCAAAAAUUUCAUAUUUUUAACAUGUUGCUGAAUGAUUUCCCAAUUACAAAUAUGUAACAUUUGACACUCAAAUAAAUGAUACCCUUUGCA